AAGAUGGACACAGCUUAUGAAGGUACUGAUGAAGAAAGUGUAGAUCAUGUUCCGACUCUGGAGGAAGGAAUGAUACACGGCCCCAGUCCCCAGUUCAUAUUUCCAUUUAGCAUCCUAUUUUCCACAUUCCUCUACUGUGGUGAGGUUGCAUCUGCUAUCUACAUGAUUGAUAUAUAUAGAAAAAACAAUGACAGGUUCUGGACGGGGUUUACAUCCAUUUUCUGCUUUGGCGGAUCUAUUAUGGACCAACUGACUCUAAUAGUUGUUCAUAAGGACUUAUCCAAGAUUAAAGCUCUAGUGCUAUUCAUGCACUUUCUACUUAUGGGACCUAUUGUUAGAUGUUUGGAGGCUAUUGUGAUAUAUCUUCAGUUGCUGAAGAAACAGAAACUCCAAAAAGAGGAAACCUAUAUCAGUACAGCACGAAGAAAGAUACUCCAAAACAGCAGCAAAGUGACACUGGAAUGGGAGAUUGCCCACUCAAUACAGACACUAUGCAUGCACUACAAUGCCUUCAAACGUAUGGCAUUGAUUCAGGCCUUCCUAGGGUCAGUGCCACAACUAACUUAUCAGUUAUAUGUCACCUUUACAGCACGUGAACUUCCCCUGGGUAGAGCUGUGCUGAUGACCUUUGCCCUGAUAUCUACCACCUAUGGGGCUAUCCUCUGUAAUAUACUGGCCAUCCAAAUCAAGUAUGAUGACUAUAAGAUCAAUCUACAGGCUCUAGAAUUCAUCUGUAUCACCAUCUGGCGUUGUCUGGAGAUAACCUCACGCCUUGUAAUUCUGGUGCUCUUCUCUGCAUCCUUAAAAUUGAGAGCUGUGCCCUUCAUGUUAGGUAUCUUGAUGAUUUCCCUCUUGGAGCCCUGGGUUGAAUUUUGGAGAAGUGGUGCUAAGUUUCCUAGCAAUACUGAAAAAAAUAUUAGCCGGGUGGGCACUCUUGCCAUGUUUAUGUUAAUCACUAUUCUAUAUGCAGGGAUCAAUUUCUCCUGCUGGUCAGCAGUGAAGCUGAGAUUGGCGGAUAGGGAAUUAAUUGAUAAAUCACAGAACUGGGGUCACAUGGCUCUACAUUAUAGUAUUAGGCUAAUAGAAAAUGUGGUCAUGGUAGUGGUGUUUAGAUUUCGAGGGGGGAAAACAAUACUAUAUUGCUGUGACUCACUAAUUGCCCUACAGCUCAUCAUAACCUACCUGUUAUCUAUUGGUUUCAUGCUACUCUUCCAUCAGUAUUUGCAUCCAGGGUGGUCAGACAAAGCAUUACCAGAAUACGUUGAAACUCGGUCUGAAGCAAUGUAA